CGGAGGUCUCUGUGUCCUCACUCCCUCUGCCAGUACCAAAACGGUCCUCUUAUCAAAGAAACACACAACCUAAAAACUGCAUUCAAUCACCGCUUUUAACAUGGGAAGUGCUUGUUUUUCCUGGGACGUUUGUUUGUUUUUCGCCCUCAUAAAUACUUGCGGUGCAAUGGCAAACGUGGCUCUCUCAGUCCCGGACACAGAUGAGUGUUCGGAGUCCACGGACGACUGUCACAUUGACGCCAUUUGCCAGAACACCCCCAAGUCCUUUAAGUGCAUCUGCAAGCCUGGAUACAAAGGAGAUGGGAAACAAUGUGAAGACAUGGAUGAGUGUGAGAACGACUACAACGGGGGCUGUGUCCAUGAGUGUAUCAACAUCCCCGGGAACUACAGGUGCACCUGCUACGACGGCUUCAUGCUCGCCCACGACGGACACAACUGUCUGGAUGUUGAUGAGUGUGUAGACAACAACGGAGGCUGUCAGCAGGUGUGUGUCAACAUCAUGGGCAGCUACGAGUGUCAGUGCACCAACGGCUUCUUCCUGAGUGACAACCAACACACCUGCAUCCACCGCUCUGAAGAUGGGAUGAACUGCAUGAACAAGGAACACGGCUGUGCCCACAUCUGCAGAGAGACCCCAAAGGGGGGCGUGUCCUGCGAGUGCCGUCCAGGGUUUGAGCUGGCCAGCAACCAGAGAGACUGCACAUUGACAUGUCACUAUGGAAACGGCGGCUGCCAGCACACAUGUGAUGACACCGAGACUGGACCAGUGUGUGGCUGCCACCAGAAAUAUGCCCUACACUCUGACAGCAAGACCUGCAUCGAGAAAGAUGAGGCUGCAAUUGAGAGCUCUGAGUUCAAUGCCACGUCACUAGCUGAUGUGGACAAGCGGGUGAAACGGCGGCUACUUAUGGAAACCUGUGCAGUAAACAACGGUGGAUGUGAUCGGACAUGUAAGGACACCGCCACCGGGGUGCGCUGCAGCUGCCCCGUUGGCUUCACGCUCCAGCCCGAUGGCAAGACGUGCAAAGACAUCGAUGAGUGUCUGGAGAAUAACGGUGGCUGCGAUCACUUCUGCCGUAACACGGUGGGCAGCUUUGAGUGCAGCUGCCAGAAGGGCCAUAAACUCCUGACCAACGAGCGCACCUGCCAGGACAUCGAUGAGUGCUCCUUUGAGAGGGCAUGUGACCACACCUGUAUCAACUACCCUGGCAGCUUUGAAUGCUUGUGUCACAAAGGCUACACUCUGUAUGGUCUCACACACUGUGGAGAUAUUGAUGAGUGCAGCAUCAACAACGGGAGCUGUGAGUACGGCUGCGUCAACACACAGGGCGGCUACGAGUGUGUGUGUCCACCUGGCAAGAAACUCCACUGGAACAAGAAAGACUGUGUCGAGGCGGUGAAGUGUCUGCCCAAUGGGAAGCCGGCGCCACGGGCCCAACUCAGCUGCACCAAGAGCGGAGGGGUGGAGGCCUGCUCCCUGUCCUGCCCCUCCAACGCUCUCUUCCUCGCAGACUCUGAAAACAGCUAUACUCUGAGCUGUGGGGUACCUGUUCAGCCAGGAAAGGCACCACAGAAGAGGAAUGCCACUACCUCACUGCAGACCUGCGCAGAGAAGGCCAGAUUCAAGAUUAAAGAUGCCAAAUGUCACCUGAGGCCCAGGAACAAGGAGAAGCACAGGGAGACCUCCAAACAAAGCCUGCAAGGGGGACAGUUCCCUUGCACAGACGACUGCCAGGUCACGUUUGUCAACCUGAAAUGUGACUCGUCGAAGAAGAGGCGGCGCGGGCGCAAGUCUCCUUCCAAAGAGGUGUCCCACAUCACUGCCGAGUUUGAGAUGGAAAUGAAGGAGGAGGAGGCUUCAGACUCGUGUAAUGUGGACUGCGUGCGGGAGAAGACCAAACAGCGGCUGCAGAAUGCCAUGCGUACCCUCCGCAAGUCCAUUAACAAGCAGCAGUUCUACAUCCAGUUCUCGGGCACCGUGUAUGAGGUGGCACAGCGGGCAGCGCGCCAGUCAGAAGACACAGAGUCCUGCAGCACCGGCCAGGUCCUCAUAGACGGCAAAUGUGUCAGCUGUGGGGUGGGGACGUUCUACAGCGGGGGGCAGGAGCAGUGUGUCCAGUGUCCCCCGGGCACCUACCAGGACACGGAGGGCCAGCUGUCCUGUGAGCCCUGCCCCAGCACGGAGGGACAGGGCAUCACCGGGGCCAAGAACGUCUCUGAGUGUGGGGGCCAGUGUCCCCCUGGGCAUUUCUCCUCGGAUGGGUUCCGGCCAUGCCAGCAGUGUGCCCUGGGCACCUUCCAGCCAGAGCCGGGCCGAGUGCUGUGCUUCCCCUGUGGGGGUGGCCUCAUGACCAAGCACGUGGGCAGCACGUCCUUUAAAGACUGCGAGGCCAAAGUUCACUGUGCUCCUGGACACCAUUACAACUCCACAACGCACCGCUGUAUCCGCUGCCCGGUGGGGACCUACCAGUCCGAGUUCGGCCAGAACUACUGUAUCAACUGCCCUGGGAACACCACCACCGACUUUGAUGGCGCCACCAACGUGUCUCACUGCAAAAAUCAGAUGUGUGGUGGAGAGCUGGGGGAGCUCAUGGGCUACAUCGAGUCUCCCAACUACCCCGGCGACUAUCCAUCCAACGUGGACUGUAUCUGGACCAUCAACCCGCCCAACAAGAGACGCAUCCUUAUCGUCGUGCCCGAGAUCUUCCUUCCCAUCGAGGAUGAGUGUGGAGACGUGCUUGUCAUGAGAAAGAGCGCCCUGCCCACCUCUAUCACCACCUAUGAGACGUGCCAGACGUAUGAGCGGCCCAUCGCCUUCACCUCGCGCUCCCGCAAGCUGUGGAUCCAGUUCAAGUCCAACGAGGGCAACAGCGGCAAAGGCUUCCAAGUGCCCUACGUGACCUAUGAUGAGGACUACCAGCAACUUAUUGAGGACAUUGUCCGUGACGGUCGACUCUACGCCUCAGAGAAUCAUCAGGAGAUACUGAAAGACAAAAAACUAAUCAAGGCGCUGUUCGACGUGUUGGCUCACCCCCACAACUACUUCAAGUACACCGUUCAGGAGUCCAAAGAAAUGUUCCCACGUUCUUUCAUCAAGUUCCUCCGCUCCAAGGUGUCAAGGUUCCUCCGACCGUACAAAUAGGUCCCCAGAUCACUCCAGGUCCUUGAACCGCCCCGCACAUCUAAAUGUGCCCCUUUCACACUCUCUACUGCCCCCUAUUGUUUUUGCUCGCUAGCUGUAGCUUCCACAAUUCCACAUGAUACGUAAAGGAAAAAGACUGAACACCCCUAGACAUUUAAAGUCCUUGUUUUGACUUUAAACUCUUUCUUUUUUUGAUAAGUUCGUCUUUGUUUUUGUUUGUUUUAUUUGAUUUUUAAUGUGUUUGUUUGUUUUAUUUGAUUUCAUUUAUUAGUUUAUUAUUUUUAAAAUAUUUAUAUGUGCUAGUACUAGCAAAACCCCACAUUAUGGAUGUUUGAUAUAAAUAUGUAAGUGUGUGUGUGUGUGUGUGUGUGUGUGUGUGUGUGUGUGUGUGUGUGUGUGUGUGUGAGAGAGUGUGUGUGUGAGAGAGAGAGAGAAUAUGC